CUCUCAAUUACGGGAGUCUUGAAGUCGGUAAACCAAUUUCUCAAUAUCCGUUUAGACUUGAUCAAUGUACUAGACGAGUCGAGACACCCGCACAUGAUGAUGGUGAAAAACUGCUUUAUCCGUGGUUCCGUUGUGAGGUAUGUGCAGCUCCUUGCAGAACACGUCGAUACUCAGUUGCUGGAGGACGCGACGCGACGGGGUAUG